GAGCUGGAGUCAAUUCUUCUUUGUUUUUGUUUACCUGUUGAGGAUUUUGUUACAGUAGAUGUGACUGAUGAUCAGACUUUCCAGAGAUCAUUUGUCAGAGACAAACAGAAACUCAAAGUUCCCACGCUGUGUGAGACACUUCAGUUACAUGUAGGAACUUUGACCUUCAGUCUGAUUGGACAAUGGUACAAAUCAACCAUGGAGGAUCCAGGAAAGAUGAAGAAACCUGGAGUUCUCAGGAGAUGGAGAACACUUGAGUUCCCUUGAAAGAUGGAGAACCCUGGAGUUCCUUUGAAAGAUGGAGAACCCUGGAUUUCCCAGGAGCAACGGUGAACCCUGGAGUUCCCUUGGAAGAUAGAGAACCCUGGAGUUCCAUUGCAACAUGGAAAACCCUGGAGUUCUCAGGAGAGAUGGAGAACCCUGGUGUUCUCAGGAAAGAUGGAGAACCCUGGAGUUCCCUUGAAACAUGGAGAACCCUGGAGUUCCCAGAGGAGAUGGAGAACCCUGGAGUUCCCUUAAAAAUGGAGAACCCUAGUGUUCUCUUGAAAGAUGGAGAACAUUCAAGUUCCCAGGAAAGACUGAAAACCCUGGAGUUCCCUUGAAAGAUGUUGAACCCUGGAAUUCCCAGGAGAUAUGGAGAACCCUGGUAUUCCCUUGAAAGAUGGAGAACACUUGAUUACCCAGGAUAGAUGGAGAACCACAGAGUUCCCAGGAGAGAAGAAGAACCCUGGAGUUCUCUUGACACAUGUGGAACCCUGGAGUUUCCAGGAGAGUUGCAGAACCCUGGAGUUCGCAGGAAAGAUGGAGAACUCUGGAUUUCUCAGGAGAAAUGGAGGACCCUGUAGUUCCCUUGAAAGAAGGCGAACGCUGUAGUACCCUUGAAAGAUGGAGAACCCUGGUGUUCCCUUGAAACAUGGAGAACUCUGGAGUUACCAGCAGAGAUGGAGAACCCUGGCAUUCCCAGGAGAGAUGGAGAACCCUGGAGUUCCCAGGAGAGAUGGAGAACUGUGGAUUCUUUUGAAAGAUGGAGAACACUUGAUUACCCAGGAUAGAUGGAGAACCACGGAGUUCCCAGGAGAGAAGAAGAACCCUGGAGUUCCCUUGACACAUGUGGAACCCUGGAGUUUCCAUGAGAGAUGGAGAACCCUGGAGUUCCCAUUAAAGAUGGAGAACCCUGGAGUUCCCAUUUGAGAUGGAGAACCCUGGAGUUCCCAUUUGAGAUGGAGAACCCUGGAGUUCCCAUUUGAGAUGGUGAACCCUGGAGUUCUUUUGAAAGAUGGAGAACCUUAGAGUUCCCAGGCGAGAUGGAGAACCCUGGAGUUCCCAGGAUAAAUGGAGAACCAUGGAGUUACCAGGAGAGAUGAAGAACCCUGGAGUUCUUUGGAGAGAUGGAGAACCCUGAACAUCUUUUGAAAGAUGGAGAACCCUGGUGUUUCCUUGAAAGAUGGAUAACCCUGGAGUUCCCUUGACACAUGUAGAACCCUGGAGUUCCCAGUAGAGCUGGAGAAACCUGGAGGUCCCUUGAAACAUGGAGAACUCUGGAGGUCUCAGGAGAGAUGGAGAACCCUGGCAUUCCCAGGAGAGGUGGAGAACCCUGGAGUUCCCAAGAGAGAUGGAGAACCCUGGACUUCUUUUGAAAGAUGGAGAACCCUGGACUUCUUUUGAAAGAUGGAGAACCCUGGUGUUCCCUUGAAAGAUGGAGAAUCCUGGUGUUCCCUUGAAAGAUGGAGAACCCUGGAGUUUCCUUGAAAGAUGGAGAACCCUGGAGGUCUCAGGAGAUAUGGAGAACCCUGGAGUUCCCAGGAAAAGUGGAGAACCUUGGAGUUCCCUUGACAGAUGGAGAACCCUGGAGACCACCAUCCCUUCUGCAGCUCCGCCCACCAGCCUCUCCCUAUCAGCAGCAGUGGGGGGUGGGGCUAAGAAGCGUCUGGUGGCGCCGUCUCUCAGCCUCACUCUGAGCCACCCCGAUUCUCAGGACAUGAACAACGACAGCUUCUCAGCAGCUGCACUGUCAGGAACGCCGGAAGAGACGCCGUCACUUGACCUCAACCUGGAGGCUCUGGACACGCCAUCAGACAGUGAGACAGGGACGCUGCCCGAUGGUCUACACGACCUGGAGUGGGAAGAUGAUCUGCCCCAGAUGGGUAAGACUGAAACCAGUAGUGCUGCAGAGCACUCUGAGGGUCUGAUGGAGCUAGAUCAGGUGGACAGCAAAGGGCGACGCUGGAGGAAGUUCUGCAUCUCUGGGCAGGAAUACAGAGUCAAUAUGAGCGUCCUGGAACCGUACCUGCAGGUGUUAUCACAUGGAGGUUACUAUGGAGAUGGGAUGAAUGCCAUCAUCUUGUUCACUUCCUGUUACCUGCCAGAGAACACAGUUGAGAACUAUGAGUACGUCAUGGAAAACCUAUUCAGGUACAUUGUUGGGACAUUGGACCUGAUGGUUUCUGAGAACUAUGUUCUGGUUUAUCUGUGUGCCAUGGCCCCCAGGAACAAACUGCCCCCCAUCAAAUGGCUGCGUCAGUGCUACACCUCCAUAGACAGGAGGUUGAAGAAAGACCUGAAGGGGCUGCUGGUGGUCCAUCCUGCCUGGUACAUCAAAGCUGUGAUCACAAUAGUCAAACCCUUCAUCAGUGACAAGUUCAGCAGGAAGAUUCGUUUUGUUCAGAGUCUUCAGCACCUGGCUGAGAUAGUCCCCACAGAACGACUGCAGAUCCCCCAAACAAUAAGCCAGUACGACAAGAAGUUGAACAGAUGACAUUGCUGAACUUGGUCAGAGGUCAUCUUGAUGACAUCAUCAGCCUGCUGACCUUUGACCUGCA